ACCUGUCAUUGUAAACCACCAUUUGUAGUCCGUGUUUGUUUGUUUUCUAAACAUUGUAGAUUUCUCACAUUGCUGUUGUCUUCAAUCCAAAUAACAUUAUAAUUAAUUGCGCGCUUAAUUUAAAUUGUAAAAACGUUUACGUGACCGUAAGGGAUUGGAAAGAUUGUGAGGUUGUGUUGCACAACCGUAAACAAUGAAUGUAUUAAUUAAUCAACCCAAUCCCCUGUUGCAACAGCAGCAGUUGCAACAGCAACAACAGCAGCAGCAGCAGCAGCAACAAGUACAACAACAGCAGCAGCAGCAACAACAACAACAACAGCAGCAGCAGCAACAACAACAGCCUCAGCCACUUUUAAAUAACAUUUCCAAAAUAAAAUCUUUGGUUGGACCACUGAGGGAGAAACUAUCUUCAACUAUCAAGACUGCAGCACAAACUCUAACUCAAAACAGCCAAGUCGAUGCUGGUUCACAGAAAAGUGUAGAUACCCAGUUACCAAGGUUUGACAAACACCUAGAAGAAUUUUAUUCUAUUUGUGACCAAAUCGAGCUACACUUGAAAACUUCUAUUAAAUGUCUCAGCCAACAUGAAAGCAGCAACAGGUAUUUAAAUAUUCCAGUCAAUACAACAAGAUGUGAUACUAUUGGGGUGAAUGAAAAUCAGCUGACAUACCCGCAGUUCUUAGCAACAGCAAGUGCACAAGUUGCUUACACAAAGGAAAUUCACGAUACUUUAGUCGCUGCUGCACAAAAUAUAUCUCCAUCUGAUUGACAUUUUCAACAGUCAUAUUAAUAUUUUAUUUUGUAAUAUUUUACUCAGAAAAUAAAAAUUGCUAUUCAACCCUAGUCGCAAACACAUUUUGGCAUUGAGGCACAUUAUGCUAAUAAAAUGAUCAUUUACGAUAAAAUUACAAUUUAUUAUUUUAUUUUAUAUGGCAUAGUGGAAUAUAUGUAAAUAGUCAUAUUCCUACAUGUAUAAAACUAAAAUAUUUCAUACCAAUAUCAUAAUAUUAUUCAUACAUUUUAUCUAGUUUACAGUUCUAUGUAAUAAUAGAAUGUAAAAAUUAAAUUAUAAUAAAAUUUUUGGUAUUAA